AUGGACACUAGCGGACCGCCUAGUCAGUCUCCUGGGGCUACAUCCCCUGGAAGCAUGGCGACCGCUUCUGCCCCUCCGCUAGCCUCUGCACCCCAAACUUCUUCAAUCGCUAAAACAGCCGCUCAGCCGGUUACGCUAACGUCGCCGCCAACUCCCAGCCAGCAGUUUCUCAUCGCCGGCAAGGUUCAGGAGGCUAUCCGUCAAAUGCUUUCCGUUCACCAGGGUCAGACCGUCCGCAUCUCAUCCAAUCCCGCCCCGUCGAUCGCCGUAGGCGUCGCAGAGGUCGCUAGCGGCGUCGCAGGAGUCGCCGGGAGCGGCAGCAGGUCGCACCCAAUCAGUCCUGCGCGCAGCCGCGCGGCGUUCGCGGAGCAAGGCAAGCCGCAGCAGCCCCAGUUCGCAGUCGGUCGCAGCGCCAGCAGCGGCGGAGGGCUUUCCGCUGCUAGCGCUCGGGGUAGGAGCAGCGGAAUGAACGCGAGUGGCGGUGGGGUCAACGCGAGUAGCGGGCAGAACGCGAGUGAGAGGAGGAACGCUCAGCCUACGCCGUAUCGCGGCGUGCGGUACCGGCCAUGGGGUCGGUGGGCGGCGGAGAUCCGCGACGCCGGCGGGCGCGGGCGAGUGUGGCUGGGGACGUUCGACACUCCUGAGGAGGCUGCGCGCGCGUACGACGAGGCUGCGCGGGAGAUCCGCGGACCCAAAGCGCAGCUGAAUUUCCCCAAGGAGCCUCGGCUCUCCGCCCCUUUUUCGGCGCCGAGUCAGCAGAACCUCUCGGUCGCCCAUGCUACGGCGCAAGCUCAGCCGCAGCAGUCGCAGCAAUUGCAUCUGACGCAGCAGCAGCAGCAGCAGCAGCAUUUGCAGGUUCAGCAGCAGGUGCAGGUUCAGCAGCAGCAGCAGGUGCAGCCGCAUAUCCAGCAGUUUCAAGCGCAGCCGCAAUCCGCGGUACCGCCGCGUACGCCCCAACCUGCCCCUCAGCAGACAUCUGUCUUUUCCCCCCUCAUGCUUCCCCGUGCUGCCAUCAUUCAGACAAGCCCAGCGCCCUCCGCCCUCCCCCUCCCAGGCUCCCCCGCCCCUGUCGCGUCCACUGCAGUCCCUGCUGCUUCACCUUUUCCGCUCGGCGCAGCGCCCCCCGCCCCUCUUGCGACCACGCCGCGUUCCGCGAUGGAGACGGUCCGUGAAGCCGUCGAGGCGACACCUGGCCUGCGCGAGCUGCGCGAUGUGCGCGGCAGCUCCUUUGCGCCCGCCGCUGCUACUCGUGUCGACGCGACGGCCCCUCCAAGCACUCCCAGUUCCGAUGCGGCUGCGGGUGCUACGAAUCAGUGCUGGAAGCAGCCAAUCCAGACGGCGGGUAGCGACGUUCAUCCGUCUGUCUCGACGGCAUCAUGGUCGUCCGAGCCUAUUCUCGCGCGGAACAGGACGACGAUGCGAGCCGCGUCCGACGGCAAUGGCGCCUUCGGCUCCGUCGCUGGUGCCUGGCGCGAUGCGGGUUUCAUGGCUGCUGACGUGGACGAGGAUGAUUGGAUGGCGCAGGCUGGGGGAGAUCCGUUUGGUUUUGGCGUGUUUGGACCCGUGGGGAAAAAGGCCAAGUCGGAAGGGCAUCGGCCAUGGGGGAUGGCGGCGGGAAAAGGCGCGGAAGGGGAAUUCAGUGUAGUGACGUGGCCUGCCGUGUGCGAGGUCGAUGGGGAAGAGGCUGGAUGCGGUGGAGAUGGGCGCACAGGGGUACAGCGAGCAAGAGCAGGGGUGGAGAGAGGUGAUAAUGGUCCUAAGAAGAGCUGGUGGGAGGAGGCUCUGAUGAUGGACGACAUUCCGGAAAGAGCGGCGGACGCUUCGGCACUGACGCUUCAAGAGCGAAGCGCUGGGCAGAGCGAUAUCAAGCCGGCUGGUGGUAGCAGGCAGGAGGGUUUGGCGGUACGAGCUGCAGCUACUGACGCAGCCAUGAGUGUGAUUACAAAUGAUGGCGAAGGUCAAAUGGGCUCGGGACGCAGCGUUGACUGUAUCAUGCGUGACUACAGCGGGAGAACUGAAGCUGCUUCUCCAGUGGCGACUAAAGAUGGGUCAGUUCAAUUUCCAACUGAGGUUGCAGAGCCGACACCUGCAGCCAACGCGACGUCAGCUGAAGCUGACGUGGAUUGGCCAGCAGCUGAUUUGGAAGGGCUCAACCCAACAACAUGCUUCCUAACCACAGAAGAGGUCAGCCUCGGCCUAGAUGCAUCCGUGGAAGCGCCUCUAGCGGCGCCUUUCGCGGUAGCAGCGGAUUUGCCUGCAAUGACAACAGCAGCCGUUCAAGACGAUUUCUUCGUGGCAGCAGAUUUUGCAGUCACGGAAAUGGCGGAGGCUGCAAUUUUACCCGACAUUGUUCCUGAGCAGAAAUUCGGAUCUUCAUUUUGGGACGAAGGCAAUGGGGAUUUUUUACGAUGUGACAGUAUCGAGGGGGAGGAGUUUAUGGCUCUGGGUGAAGAAGACAUGCCCAGCUCUUCUGACGGCACCGUCAGCUUCAGCUGCCGGUCAACGGGUAUGGAUUCCAUUUUCAGCUCGUCGCUGCCGUCAAGCUGCAGCGAUCGUGACGUUUUCACGGGAUUCGGGUUCUUGGGAUCUGGGAACUCCAUGGCUCCCUCGUUAGAAGCAUCCGCGACUAGCAGCGCGCCCAACAGUCAACACCCGUUAUACUCAACUAAUCACAGCAAGGCUCCCAGCAGCAGGCGGUCCGAAGGUCUGUACGCUCUGGAAGGCUGCGAAUAG